CAGGGUGCGUGUGAGCAAGAACUAAUAGCCAAUCGCAGCACAGGAGGCGGGACUUUGUCGGAAUACGGGCGAAAAUCUAAAACUAAGGCUGACCGAGAGUGAAGAGCGCCAAGUGUCAGAAUGAAGUCCAUACCGGAGGAUUUAACCACACUCGUUUCAGAUUUGGAAGCAUUUCUGACAGAGGUUCUGAAAGGGGAAAAUCUGAGCAAGAAAGCGAAGGAGAAAAGAGAUACCCUUAUAAAGAGAAUAAAAGAUGUCAGAGCCAGUUACCCUCAGGAUUUCAAGGAGAAACGAGAUGAAGAGUGGGAUGAGGUUGAGGAAGCAGACAGCAACAAUGAUGGCAGUUCUCUGCACUCUGAGCGCACGGAUAGAGACGAGGAGUCGGCAUAUGAUGGAAUUCAGCAGGCCCCUCCAGUAGCAGCUCAAGAUCUUCAAGCUGUGUUUAAGAGUGGUUACCUGGAAAAACGAAGAAAAGAUCACAGCUUUUUUGGCACAGAGUGGCAGAAGAGAUGGUGUGCUCUGAGCAACCACACAUUCUAUUAUUAUGGCAGUGAGAAAGACAAACAGCAGAAGGGAGAGUUUAAUAUCAGUGGUUAUGCCGUCAAAAUGAUCAACACAUUGCGCAAAGAUUCCAAGAAAGACUGCUGCUUUGAAAUAUCUGCUCCUGACAAGCGUGUUUACCAGUUCUGUGCCUCCUCACAGAAAGAGGCAGAGGAAUGGGUAGAGCAGAUUAGCUUUGUGAUAAAAGACAUGGAAGGCAUCAUUCCUUUGGAGGAGGAGCAGGACUUCUAUGAUGACUGCUUACCUCUGAAUAUGAAUGUGAAUACAGCAUCCAUGCCUGCACCUAUUGAUGACGAUAUCUAUGAGGAGCUUCCUGAGGAGGAGGUGCCUCACACUAAUAAACCAGCACCAGAGCCAGUCAGCAAACCCCCCGUAGCACCUCCAGUGACAGCAGUAAAUAAGAGCACAGACUACCAAAACUUCUUCCAGGGUUUGUGGGACUGCAAUGGAGACCAACCUGAUGAACUGUCUUUCAAGAGAGGAGACGCCAUCUACAUCCUCAGCAAGGAAUACGAUACUUUUGGCUGGUGGGUUGGGGAGAUGAAAGGUGUCAUCGGUAUAGUGCCUAAAAGCUACUUGACAGAGCUUUAUAUUCUGUGAAGGCCUUAAUGUAGGGGCCUCUGAACUUCCUUUAAUCCUGCCUCCUUGAGGUAAUGCAUUUCACAUUAACUCCAGUCUUUUUCUUGCCAAGAUGCUGGAUUGUCACUAUUUCUGUGUGUACCACAACCAGACAUAUAUGUUUAAAAUAUCUUUUGCUUAAAAAUAUGUUUGCUUAAAACUGUUGCUUUCUGUUAAUUAAGCAACUUCUAUCCAAAGUGAAAAAUAACAAAGAAAGAAAAUUUAUGUUUGAAUCAUGAAUUAUGUUUGAAUUAUGUUGGAAAACUAUGCUUGUUAAGUUAUAUUUAAAAAUGGCUUUAUAUAAAACAGUGAGCUAUAAAAAUAAA